UUUACUAAACAGAAUUAAAGUAUAGACCAAUUUCAUAAUUUAUUUACCGACAUGAUUUGAGAUGUUGCUCUUUAUUUGUCUUUUUCUCAACAAGUUUAAUCACCUCUGAUCAUCUCAAAUAGUGCAAUAUCACUAGAACAGAAUGUAUUAUAAUCCUGACAGUUAACAUUUUGAUUUGUCAGAAUAUGAUAUGAUGAAUGUAUCAUACAUAAACUCAUCUGAUGUAUUGGGAUAUACAGCUCUGUCCUAUGAGAAGUCCAUCAGUGAGACUGUUCAUGUAGGAGGAGAUGUGACUAUCAGCUGCAAAUACCCAGAAUCCCACAGGAAUGACAAUAAGUUUCUCUGCAAAAGGAAUGCAAUUGCUGCUUGUUUUUAUAAUUCAACUGUUAAAGAAAGUAGAAAGUAUGUAAAUAAGGGGAAAUUCUCCCAGUAUGAUGACAGAGAAAAACAAAUCUUCACCGUGCGCCUCAAUAAUGCGACUGAGCAGGACUCUGGUGAAUACUGGUGUGGAGCUGAAGUAAACUGGAAAUCUGAUAAUGGAUACAAGGUUUAUUUCAUGCAGAUCAACCUGAGUGUUACUGCAUUUCCAGUUUUCACUGUGAUCACCGUGUCUGUGAUUCUGCUGGUGCUUCUGGCUGGAAUUUCAAUCCUCACUGUGACUCUCCGAAAGAGAUUCAAGCUACAAGGCCAAGAAACAAUUACACAACUUUCCAGAGGGACUAACAGAGAAGAUGAAAAUGAGCCACAGUCUGUCUAUGAGAGUGUGAUUGCCAACACCUACCAAUUAGAUCCAGUCUAUGAAAAUCUCAGUUAUUAAACCAACCAACCUGAUUCAAUCUAACGGAGUCUAAAAUCCCCCUCUAGCCAUUGAACUUAAGGCUAAUAGCUUCUCUUUUACACUGUACUGGUCUUGAUACAAAAGCCAAUAAGAUUCAUUGUAAGGUUAUAUUUUGAACAUUUACUUAUGGAAAUCACUCAAAUUUCCUUCCUCUGCAAUGAAGAAAAAUUGCCAGUCUGUCAAAAUUUGUUCAGCAGUCUGUCUUUUGCUCAAGAGCCUAGUACUUUUUUAGUCAGUAAAUGUGGCCAAAAGCUGCUACAUGGAUAUCAAAGCCAUCUGAUUCUAAAAAGAUAUUCCAAUUUUAAACAAAUCCUAGAAUAACUUGGAAAGACCAGAUGGUGUAAACUUUUUUUUUUUUCAAUCCAGUGAAGAGAUCUUCAAAAAGCAAAAAAACAUAAAACAGUGCUCAGGUGCACCAGCACAGGGUUAGAGAGUGGUUCAGAUUGUUUCAGCUCAGUAGUUACUCUGAGCAAUUACCAGCAAACCUUUAUUAUUUAUUUUUUUAAUUAUUGAACAUCAAUGAUCAUUUCCUAGUUUUAUAAUGUGAUUACAUUUAUUCAUUAUUCAUUUUUAUGUAAUCAUUUUCCAUAUUAAUGCUGUAAUGAUGCAAUUGCCUCCCAAUGUUUUUAGAACUUUGGGAUGAGUAAGCUUAGCAACACAUUUUUAAAAUUGAUUUACUUAUUUACUUAUAAUUUCAUGAUUAAAGUAACUUUUGGGUAUAUUGGAGUGUGGUUGUUAUGUGUUGCCUGGCAGGUUAUCAUGUCUAGACAUAGGUGACUUUGAGUUCCAAGGCAUAGAGGGUUUGUAAGAGAGCUAGUUGGAUGAUGAGUCCAUGAAGGGCUAACCUUUAUAUGUGUUUAAAACUUCAAUAAAAUUC